UCUCCAUCCUUUGAGACGAGCACUGGAACAUCUAGAAUUGCCGACCAUGUACCUGCUUGAUUAUGUCCAAUUCAGUUUGUUUCUACUUUUGGUUGCCUGCUUUGCAGCCGCUCAAGAAAAUAAGACUUCUACUCGGCAAGGAAAAGUUUUCAGCCUCUUUAAUAUAGUUCAAUUCAACAAUGACGGUUGCCGAAGCAGCAGCACCUUCUCCAGUGGCAACACUGGAUCCACUCGACGCAAUGGAACCUGUUUUACCAGUUCAGAAUGUUCCUCAAAAGGAGGAUCGCCAGCCGGAAACUGUGCAUCAGGAUUUGGCAUUUGUUGCGUAUUUUUUGUGUCCAACUCCGGGGAUACCAUCACGCAGAACUGCACUUACUUGAGGAACCCCAACUUCCCCAACACCCUCACCGAUACCAGUAGUUUGAGCUACACCGUUCGCAAGUGCGACUCAAGAGUUUGUAUGCUGCGCUUGGAUUUCGAGUCCUUCACAUUGUUGGGAACGGGAAAUUCAAUUGAAAACGAUGGAGCUGGAGAAGAGGGUGGCCGAUGUCUCGACGAGUUUACAGCCACGUCAAAUAGUGGCUUCCGAGCUCCAAUUAUUUGUGGUUUAAAUACAGGGCAACACAUGUAUGUGGAUAUGGGUUGUUUGGCAUCGGACACGGCCUCAUUGGAUUUUAACUUUGACGCACAAACUUCAGCUCGAAUGUGGGAAAUAAAAGUCACUCAAAUCCCUUGUAAUACAGCCGGACACCCCACGGCGUCAGGGUGCCUUCAAUAUCACGUUGGACUAACGGGAAGAUUGACCACCUUCAACUUCAUUCCCACCAACGACAACCAUUUGCGAAAUCAACAAUACUCCAUUUGCAUCCGACAGGAAUCCGGAAUGUGUUGUAUUCAGUACUCGGAAUGCGAGGAUGCCAAUUCGUUUACCUUGGACCAAAAAAAUGACAACAAAGGUUUUGUCGACAACAUGUGCACCAAAGAUUACGUUGGAAUUGAGGGAGGAGCAAGUGCGUUAUGCGGAGGAUCGACCAACGUGGCCACUCGGACGAGAUUUUGUGGCACUGUCCUGAAUGUUGUUGAUGAAUCAAAAAUGUCUACGCCGAUCUGCGAUUGUAACAAACCCUUCAGAGUGGACAUUUUCACUGAUGACACAGCAGAUGAUCCGGCAAAAUCAUCCAGAGGUGUGUGUCUGGAAUACACCCAAAUUCCCUGCUAAGAGGUCCCAUUGCUCUUAAAAUACGAGACACUUCAUUCAAUAAUGCUGACUGCAAAUAAAGAAAUAUUGAACUAUUAUUAAACAA